GGAAAAGAUUCAACAACGACGGAUUCAUCAACAAAAGAAACAACAGCAUCAUCAUUAUCAUCAUUAUCAUCAUCAACAACAACAACAAUAACAACGACUACGCAAUUUUUUAAUAUGUCUUCCAUUGGCACAGAAAGUAGUACAGAUGCCAUAAACUCCAAAACAACUCCAAAAUCGAGGCCAAACUCGACUAGCAUUGAUACUGGAGUAACCGCUGACACUUUAAGUUCCAUUUCUUCUAAUACUGGUAGUUUGUCUUCAACACCAAUGUCUAAAGCAACUGUAAUGUCUGUAAACCCAGGGUUCAAUUCAACUACUCCUAAUACUGGUAAUUUCUCAUCGCCACCAUUGGACAAAACAACUGUAAGCUCAGGGUCCAGUUCAAGGGCGGUAACUACGUCUGUUGUAGGGUCAUUAGGGUCAACCGUGGGUAGUCCUUCCAACACGACCUUGACAACAGGCAGUGCAGGAGACACGACAAUAUCUACGGCGACAGAACAUCCUUCAACAUCUGUAGGUACAAUAGCGACGGCAGCUACCCCAUCGCCUUGUCGAGAAGGUUACAAUAGAACAAUCAUAUUCAUCAAAGCGGAGACAACUCCAGGACAGAAAGUAUUCUUUUGUGGAGGUAUAGAUGGUAACCAUGUUACAGGAAGGUGCCUGUCCAACGCAGACGCCAGAAAUCCAUGUGUUAUUGCCAUUGAGCAUUCGGAAACGUCAAACGAUCCAGCGUAUGUCAAGUGGUCCACGGGAGACAACUUCUUAGACUGGUAUGGCGCUGAAUCGAGUCAAGGCCGGUACACUGGUAUUUCUGCUAGUGGUACGCCUUCAGUGAUUACCACCAACCGGAGCCACUCGCCUUAUUGGCAUGUUCUAAACACAUUUGGUGAAAACUAUUGGAUGGCCGAUCUAUGCAUGAAUUGUAACGACACAGUAUCUGGCUGGUUUGAAGUGAAGUCGGUGAUUAACGGUUCCUGGGGUAACGACAUCUCACAGAUCUCCCCGUGUGGCGGGUCAGCGCCGCUUUCUGAACGUUCCCCCGUCUUCACCGGCACCAACCACAUCGGUAGGUGUGGCAAAGUGAACGCUUUCAUUCGAAACGACGCUUCUUGCAUCAUCAAUGACGUCGACCUCCAUAACCAACCGACGCCAAGUGCCAUGCAGCCAACCACAGCCUACGAUACAACUGUCGGUCCUGGAGAAAAUUCGACGACCAAUGAGAUCUCGACUACUACUCGCGCACCGUCGUGUCCGACAGGCCUUACGAGAACUGUCAUUAUGAUUCAGUCGUCAACAUCAUUCGGUCAAAAUGUCUUUGUUAGAGGAGGGAAUGAACACACCAGAGUCACAGGAAGAUGUCAAUCAUCGGUCUCCGCCAAUAAUCCGUGUUGUGUGCGAAUCACUCACAGAGACCCGCCCACAAAUUCUCCGUAUGCAGCUUGGGCAGUGGGCGAUAACUACCUAGACUGGUACGGACCGGAACGUGGGCAAGGGCAGUACCAGGACAAGAAUGCGGACGGAAGUCCCACGAUGUGGACGACUAACGACAACAGGAGUGCUUCGUGGAAUGCUCUAAACACAUUUGGCGCGAAUUACUGGCUUGCAGAUAUGUGCAUGAAUUGCAGUCAGACGGUUUCUGGGUGGUUCGAAUUCAAAUCUGUCAUCACUGGAUCUCAAUGGGAAGGUAACAUCAAUCAGAUUGGCACGUGCAACGGAUCUGCUGACGUAACAAAACGGACAGCGCCGUUUACAUCCGGAAAUCACAUCGGGUACUGUGGCAGACUGAAUGUGUUUAUCAGAGACAGCGGUGUUUGUACUAUUAACGAUUUAUACGAAGACUUUGCAGGCACCUAAUCUCCAUUACGGAAUUUCCCGGAAAACACGACUUUUAAUUAGGCUACACCUUCAUAAUUUAUCCAGAGUAUGUGGAAUCUUUGUUUUGUAUUUUGUUACACAGAUUUUAUUUGAUACAAUCUCAUAACUGAUUGUAUGGUGCGUUAGAGGGCUGGGUUUAUAUUUUGGCGGGGACUCAGGCCCUCUCCCCGUCCCCAUUUUUUGUCAAUAAAGUGAGGUGCUUUGUUUAUCAAGGUUACGGCCAUUAAGGUUACGCCCACCUUCAACUUCUGUUACAAAACCUU